AAUGUUGGAGGAAGGCAUCAUCGUCGUGUAUAGGAUCAUACUAGUGUGUCUUGUCUUUGUUAAAGCUCAUGUAUUUUUGUGGAGCAUACGUUUGUUUUUGGGUUUGUUCUUAAAAGCCUUCUAUUUUAGGGUUCUGGGAAGACAGAUUUCUGAUAGAUUUGGAAAAGGAAAACGAAGGAGAAAUGGAUGAUGAGUAUGCCAAGUUUGUGAGGCGGAUGAACCCACCAAGAGUUGUGAUUGACAAUGAUUCUUGUGAGGAUGCUACUAUUAUCCAGGUUGACAGUGUCAACAAACAUGGAAUUUUACUAGAUGUUGUCCAAGUGCUUGCAGAUGUGAACCUUGUAAUAACAAAAGCUUAUAUCUCAUCUGAUGGGUUAUGGUUUAUGGAUGUGUUCAACGUGAUAGACCGUGAUGGCAAAAAAAUCAGAGACAAGGACAUUAUCAACUAUAUACAAAUCAGACUUGAAAGCAAUGCCAGCUUUGUGCCGUCUAUGACAGAUUCUGUUGGCCUAACGCCCUCAGAAGAGCAUACCUUAAUUGAGCUCAGUGGUACUGAUAGAACGGGUCUAUUGUCUGAAGUGUGUGCCGUUCUUGCAGACCUUCACUGUAAUGUGGUAAAUGCUGAGAUAUGGACACACAAUGCCAGAGCUGCAGCUGUAGUUCAUGUCACAGAUGAUACCACUGGUUGUGCAAUUAAAGACCCAAACCGCCUCGCAUCAAUAAAGGAGCUGCUUUGCUAUGUCCUUAGAGGAAACUACGAGUCGAAGGCUGCUAAAAUGACACUCGCAACCUCUGGAGUUACAAAUAGAGAUAGGAGACUGCAUCAGAUUAUGUUCGCUGACAGAGAUUAUGAGAGGGUUGGAAGAGCUGAAUUGGGCAGAGUUGAGGAUAAGGGCUUAAGACCUCAAGUAACUGCCUUUUAUUGCAGUCAGAAAGAUUAUACUGUCAUUACUAUGAGGGCAAAAGAUCGACCAAAAUUGCUGUUUGACAUCAUCUGCACUUUAACGGACAUGCAGUAUGUGGUAUUCCAUGGAAUGGUUGAUACAGGGACGACGGAAGCUUAUCAGGAGUUUUAUAUUCGACACGUUGAUGGAGUUCCUAUAAGCUCAGAAGCUGAGCGAGAACGUGUUGUACAGUGUCUUGAAGCAGCCAUUGAAAGGCGGGUAUGUGAGGGGCUUGAACUACAACUGUGCACCGAUGACCGGGUUGGACUUCUCUCAGAUAUUACUCGGAUAUUCAGGGAGAACAGUUUGUCUAUCAAACGAGCAGAAAUUUCAACCAAAGGCAGAAAAGCUUUGGACACUUUUUAUGUCACAGACGUGACAGGAAACCCAGUUGAUCCCAAGAUGAUUGAUUCAGUUCGCAGGGAGAUUGGCCAGACCAUACUGCAGGUGAUAUGCAGUUCUACCCCUCAACCACCAAAGUCCCCGCAAGGGACAACAAUGGGGUAUCUCUUUGGAAACUUGUUCAAAGCUCGAAAUUUACAGAAUCUUAAAUUGAUCAGAUCCUACUCUUAGUUUCUCCUUAGAACUAGAAACUGUAAAAAGGUUACCCAUGCUUCAAGUCUGUAUAUUGAAGUAUAUAGGGAUUAAGAAACUAGGCAUGCCGCCAUCCUAAACCCUGCGCAGCUGACUGGUGGUUACUAGUGUCUAGAAGAGUAGAAGAAACCCAAACACCAAUCUACACUGUGAAGCUAGUGAUUGGAUUUGUAUAUAGAGUACCUAUGUAAAUGAUUGUAUAUUAUAUCGUACAUAGUCAUGUACA